CUCUGAGAAGGAGCUUCACUAAAACGAUAAAACCCUGAAAAGAAAAUCCCACUUCAUAUCUCUCGAUCGCCAUUUUUGAAGAUGUCGGUGUUCUUCAAGCGACUAGCAAAAGCUUUUCCAAUCUCAUUUUCCAAUACAUUUCAAGGCAAAUCGCAAUCAAAUUCAAACAAUUUCCCAAUUCCAUUUGGAGCAAUCGCUGCUAUAUCUGGUGGAAUGUCGUAUUUUUAUUACUUUUCAGAACCAAAUUUGGUCCAUUUAGAUCCAAUCAACAAGGAAACAGGUCCAAAAUCUGCUCUUGAUCCUAAAAAAUGGCAAGCGUUUAAGCUGCAAGAUAAGGCAACAGUCAGCCACAAUACCCAUAUAUACAGAUUCUCUUUUGAUCCUAAUCUGAAAUUGGGACUCGAUGUUGCAUCAUGCCUCAUUACAAGGGCUCCAUUGGGACAACAUGAAGAUGGGAAAACAAAAUAUGUUAUUCGCCCGUAUACACCUAUAUCCGAUCCGGAUUCUAAAGGUUACUUUGAUUUGAUGAUCAAGGUUUAUCCCGAAGGAAAAAUGAGCCAAUAUUUCGCAAAAUUAAAGCCGGGGGAUAUAGUUGAAGUAAAAGGACCCGUUGAGAAAGUUAGAUACACUCCCAAUAUGAAGAAACACAUUGGCAUGAUUGCAGGUGGAUCAGGAAUCACUCCAAUGCUUCAAGUGAUUGAGGCUAUUCUUAAGAAUCCUAAUGACAACACCAAAGUAUCUUUGGUUUAUGCAAAUGUAUCCCCGGAUGAUAUUCUUCUCAAAAAGAGACUCGACAUGCUUGCAGCUACCCACCCCAACUUAAAGGUGUUUUAUACUGUUGAUAAUCCAUCAAAGUAUUGGGUCGGAGGUACAGGUUUUAUAUCAAAGGAUAUGGCUUUGAAAGGCUUGCCUACCCCGAGUGAUGAUACCCUUAUACUUGUGUGUGGUCCACCGGGAAUGAUGCAACAUAUAUCGGGUGACAAGGCAAAAGAUCGGUCACAAGGCGAGAUAACCGGAUUACUCAAAGAACUUGGAUACACAGAAGAAAUGGUUUACAAAUUUUAAUGCAUUUCAUGAAUUCAUUAAGCAUUUUAAUAAGAACAAAUUCAUUUAAGUUAUUUGAAAAACCUAAUCAUAUUGAUUUCUCAUUAAGAGUUGAAGGGAACUAGACUACAAAAAAUGAUUACAAAGAGUAUAUUUUGGUUUGUGUGUAGGAAUUAAGUGAACAUAUUUGUGACAUAUUUGCUUGUCACAGGCUCUAGCAUUUGUGACACAUUUGUGACACAUAGAAGGUCACCCUUGGAAUACAAUAAAUUCUCCGUCAC